GAGAGAGAGAGAGAGAGAGAGAGAGAGAGAGAGAGAGCAUAACGCCUGCGUGAGGAGGCAGGCGCAUUCGUGCACUGCACAAGCCACACACACACACACACACACACACAGAGAGAGAGAGAGAGAGAGAGAGAGAGAGAGAGAGAGAGAGAGAGAGAGCGGGUAAGGUUAUCUUGUUGGUUGUCUUGGUCGUUUCAACCAAGGAGGAGCUUCAAGAAGUAUCAUCACAGGUCAAAGAAGAAUGUCGACAUUUUGGACCGCGACUGUCGCAUGUCUGGUCAUAUUGUUCUGUGUCGUCGGAGUCCAGUCCAUCGGGGUCUGCGAUGACUUUCCCUGCGGACCUGUGGGAGCAUGUGUCCCCGCUACUGCCAGUGGUACCAUUCCUGGCAAUCGUGGAACUCCAGAUGGGACCAAGAACGGUGUUGGUUUCUCUUGCACGUGCGACGAAGGAUUCGAACCCGCGAUCGGAGGUGGACCUUGCGUAGAUAUUGACGAAUGUCGUCGGGGGCCAGUCAAUCCUUGUGGCCAAUUUGGGCAUUGCCGUAAUGCACUGGGCUAUUAUGAAUGCGAUUGUGAGCACGGGUCCGUUGCCACGGUGAUUAACGGCGCUCUCAGAUGCAUCAAGGAGAGCAACGCCUGUGAAGACAACCCGUGCGGAUCAGCGGGCAUCUGUCAUCCGCAGCAGGACGGAUCGCACGUGUGCGAAUGCAUGCCGGGAUAUGAGGCGACAGGAGGGAACGGAAAAGGACCGUGCAAAGCAAGAGUGGAUCCUUGUGUAGGCAAUCCGUGCGGGGAAGGAGGAACCUGCAGCGCCGUCGUUGGGGACGGAUAUCGCUGCACUUGCCUGCCGGGCUACUCCCAGAACGCCCAGUUUGCACGUAUCGGAGGUGGCUGCCACGCUCGGGCAAUCCAUCCGUGACCAGAAACGGCUCAAGCCCCCCCUUGACACGCCAAAAAAAGCACGACUGUCCCUCCCUCUUUUCUUUGAUUUGUGCUGUGUGUGUGUGCGCGUGUGUGUGGAAGAGUCUGUGUGUGUGUGUGUGCGCGCGUGUGUGUGGAAGACUCUGUCUGCGUGUGUGUGUGCGCGUGUGUGCGUGCGUGUGCGUGUGUGUGCGUGUGUGUGAGUGGUCAUGUUCGUUAUAUACAACUCCACGAAAAGGCAUGACUUUGACCGACUGUUUCGCUGGACUUUCAACGAGUCAUCUGGAGGUUGUGUGUGUGUGGUGCGCGCGCGCGCGGAGAGAGAGAGAGAGAGAGAGAGAGAGAGAGAGAGAGAGAGAGAGAGAGAGAGAGAGAGAGAGAGA